AUGAAUCCACUAACAUUAUCAAUUUUUAUUAUAAGCCUAGGACUUGGUACAACAAUUACUUUCUCUAGCUCACAUUGAUUACUUGCUUGAAUAGGUUUAGAAAUUAAUACCCUUGCUAUCACACCCCUUAUAAUUAAACAGCAACAUCCCCGUGCUGUAGAAGCAACUACAAAAUAUUUUCUCACUCAAGCAGCUGCCUCUGCAUUACUCCUAUUUGCAAGUAUAACUAAUGCUUGAAUAACCGGUCAAUGAAGUAUCUUAGAGAUAGAAAAUAUAACUGCAAUCACAUUAAUUACCUUAGCUCUCGCCCUAAAAUUAGGUGUCGCCCCAAUACACUUUUGACUUCCAGAAGUCCUUCAAGGACUUGAUUUAAAAACAGGAUUAAUUUUAUCUACUUGACAAAAACUCGCUCCAUUUAUUAUUCUAAUUCAAAUAGCCCCUGCACUUAAUCCUAAUAUCAUAAUCUCCUUAGCUAUUAUCUCUACACUGAUUGGGGGUUGAGGAGGACUUAAUCAGACUCAACUACGAAAAAUCCUAGCCUACUCUUCAAUUGCUCAUCUAGGAUGAAUAAUCAUUAUCCUUCAUUAUUCUCCUAAUAUCGCUAUACUCAAUCUAGUAUUAUAUUUAGUUAUUACUUCAACUAUCUUCUUACUUUUUAAUUUAACUAACUCUACAACAAUUAAUUCUAUCUCCAUAACUACAACAAAAAACCCCAUUAUUUCUAUUCUUAUUAUAAUAACACUAUUAUCCUUAGGAGGUUUACCUCCAUUAACCGGAUUUAUACCAAAAUGAUUAAUUCUUCAAGAACUCGCUUAUCAAGAAUUAUUCUUAGUAGCUACAAUCAUAGCAAUAACAACUCUACUAAGCUUAUUCUUCUAUCUUCGUCUUACCUAUUCAACUACUUUAACUAUAACUCCUAAUUCAAUAAAUAUAAUAUCUUCAUGACUAACAAAAAAGAAUCUAAAACCAAUUAUUCCAUUACUUUUUCCUUUAACAACAAUACUUCUCCCACUAACCCCUAUAUUAUAUUUCUCUUUACAAU